UGGACUCCAUGUGGAUGUGGUCGUCCCCGUGAUUUCGAGCUGCGGGCUACGAGAGAGGCAGCGCGCCGCCCUCGGCAGCCGGCGGCCGAGGCGGACCGACCAGGGACACAAGGACAGACGGACGUCGCCGAGCUGGAACCAUGUGAGGGCCAACCCAGGAAGGUGGUGUUGAGCGCUCAGAGGAUCUGCCUCCUCAUCCUCGCCCCUCUCAGCAUGGAACAGAGGAGGCCCUGGCCACGGGCCACUGAGGUUGAUUGCUGGUCUGUGGUCCUGCUCUUAGUGGUCUGGGUGCUGCUGGCACCCCCAGUAACCGGCAUGCCUCAGUUUAGCACCUUCCACUCUGAAAACCGUGACUGGACCUUCAACCACUUGACCGUCCACCGAGGGACAGGGGCGGUGUAUGUGGGGGCCAUCAAUCGAGUGUACAAGCUGACGGGCAACCUGACUAUCCAAGUGGCUCACAAGACAGGCCCGGAAGAGGACAACAAGUCUUGUUACCCGCCCCUCAUUGUGCAGCCCUGCAGCGAGGUGCUCACCCUCACCAACAACGUGAACAAGUUGCUUAUCAUUGACUACCCCGAGAACCGCCUGCUGGCCUGCGGGAGCCUCUACCAGGGGGUUUGCAAGCUGCUGCGGCUGGAUGACCUCUUCAUCCUAGUGGAGCCGUCCCACAAGAAGGAGCAUUACCUGUCCAGUGUCAACAAGACAGGGACUAUGUAUGGGGUGAUUGUGCGCUCUGAGGGGCAGGAUGGCAAGCUCUUUAUUGGCACCGCCGUAGACGGAAAGCAAGAUUACUUCCCGACUCUGUCCAGCAGGAAGCUGCCCCGGGACCCUGAGUCUUCAGCCAUGCUCGACUACGAGCUACACAGUGACUUUGUCUCUUCCCUCAUCAAGAUCCCCUCUGACACGCUGGCCCUGGUCUCCCACUUUGAUAUCUUCUACAUUUAUGGUUUCGCCAGUGGAGGCUUCGUCUACUUCCUCACCGUCCAACCUGAGACCCCUGAGGGUGUGGCCAUCAACUCAGCUGGAGACCUCUUCUACACCUCGCGCAUCGUGCGGCUCUGCAAGGAUGACCCCAAGUUUCACUCGUAUGUGUCCCUGCCCUUCGGCUGCACUCGCGCUGGGGUGGAAUACCGUCUCCUGCAGGCUGCUUACCUGGCCAAGCCCGGAGACUCCUUGGCCCAGGCUUUCAAUAUCAGCAGCCAGGAUGACGUGCUCUUUGCCAUCUUCUCCAAAGGGCAGAAGCAGUAUCACCACCCGCCCGAUGACUCUGCACUCUGUGCCUUCCCCAUCCGAGCCAUCAACUUGCAGAUAAAGGAGCGCCUGCAGUCCUGCUACCAGGGCGAAGGCAACCUGGAGCUCAACUGGCUGCUGGGGAAGGAUGUCCAGUGCACCAAGGCGCCGGUCCCCAUAGAUGACAACUUCUGUGGACUGGACAUCAACCAACCUCUUGGAGGCUCCACUCCAGUGGAGGGCCUGACCCUGUACACCACCAGCCGGGACCGCAUGACCUCAGUGGCCUCGUACGUUUACAAUGGCUACAGUGUGGUUUUUGUGGGGACUAAGAGUGGCAAGCUGAAAAAGAUUCGAGCCGAUGGUCCCCCCCAUGGCGGGGUCCAAUAUGAGAUGAUCUCUGUGCUCAAGGAUGGGAGCCCCAUCCUCCGGGACAUGGCCUUCUCCAUUGAUCAGCGCUACCUGUACAUCAUGUCGGAGAGACAGAUCACCAGGGUCCCUGUGGAAUCGUGUGAACAGUACACAACGUGUGGGGAGUGCCUGAGCUCGGGGGACCCUCACUGUGGCUGGUGUGCCCUGCACAACAUGUGCUCCCGUAGGGACAGGUGCCAACGGGCCUGGGAACCUAAUCGAUUUGCUGCCAGCAUCAGCCAGUGCAUGAGUCUCGAGGUACAGCCUAGCAGCAUCUCAGUGUCUGAGCACAGCCGGCGGCUCAGCCUGGUUGUGAGUGACGCUCCAGAUCUGUCUGUGGGCAUCGCCUGUGCCUUUGGGAACCUGACAGAGGUAGAGGGACAGGUGUCCGGGAGCCAGGUCAUCUGCAUCUCACCCGGGCCCAAGGAUGUCCCUGUCAUCCCUGUGGAUCAAGACUGGUUUGGGCUAGAACUGCAGCUGAGAUCCAAGGAGACAGGGAAGAUAUUUGUCAGCACCGAAUUCAAGUUCUACAACUGCAGCGCCCACCAACUGUGCCUGUCUUGUGUCAACAGCGCCUUCCGCUGCCAUUGGUGCAAGUACCGCAACCUCUGCACUCAUGACCCCACCACCUGCUCCUUCCAGGAGGGCCGGAUCAAUAUUUCAGAGGACUGUCCACAGCUGGUGCCCACGGAGGAGAUCCUGAUACCUGUUGGGGAGGUAAAGCCAAUCACCCUUAAGGCUCGAAACCUGCCCCAGCCUCAGUCUGGCCAGCGAGGCUAUGAGUGCGUCCUCAGCAUCCAGGGGGCCAUCCACCGAGUCCCCGCCCUGCGCUUCAACAGCUCCAGUGUCCAGUGCCAGAACAGUUCGUACCAGUACGAUGGAAUGGACAUCAGUAACCUGGCCGUGGACUUCGCCGUGGUGUGGAAUGGCAAUUUCAUCAUUGACAACCCUCAGGACCUGAAAGUCCAUCUCUACAAGUGUGCAGCCCAGCGGGAGAGCUGCGGACUCUGCCUAAAGGCCGACCGGAAGUUUGAGUGUGGUUGGUGCAGCGGCGAGCGCAGAUGCACCCUCCACCAGCACUGCACCAGCCCUUCCAACCCCUGGCUGGACUGGUCCAGCCACAAUGUUAAAUGCUCCAACCCCCAGAUCACCGAGAUUUUGACGGUAUCUGGACCACCUGAAGGAGGGACUCGAGUGACCAUCCAUGGCGUGAACCUGGGUCUGGACUUCUCUGAGAUCGCACACCACGUGAGGGUAGCUGGGGUGCCCUGCACACCCCUGCCAGGGGAUUACAUCAUCGCUGAGCAGAUCGUCUGUGAGAUGGGCCACACCCUCAUGGGAAACACCUCUGGACCCGUGAGCCUGUGCAUUGGCGAGUGUAAACCAGAGUUCAUGACCAAGUCCCACCAACAAUAUACCUUCGUGAACCCUUCCGUGAUGUCACUCAACCCGAUCCGAGGGCCAGAGUCAGGAGGCACCAUGGUGACCAUCACGGGCCAUUACCUAGGGUCUGGGAGCAGUGUGGCCGUAUACCUGGGCAACCAGACCUGCGAGUUCUAUGGACGGUCAAUGAAUGAGAUCGUGUGUGUCGCACCCCCGUCGUCCAACGGACUGGGCCCCGUCCCCGUUUCCGUGAGUGUCGACCGAGCCCGUGUGGACAACAACCUGCAGUUCGAGUACAUAGAUGACCCCCGGGUGCAACGCAUCGAGCCUGAGUGGAGCAUUGCCAGUGGCCACACACCCCUGACCAUCACGGGCUUCAACCUGGAUGUCAUUCAGGAGCCAAGGAUCCGAGUCAAGUUUAACGGCAAAGAAUCUGUCAAUGUGUGUAAAGUUGUGAACACCACCACCCUAACCUGCCUGGCACCCUCUCUGACCACGGAGUACCGGCCAGGCCUGGACACCGUGGAACGGCCAGACGAAUUUGGAUUCGUCUUUAACAACGUCCAGUCCUUGCUCAUUUACAACGACACCAAGUUCAUCUACUACCCCAACCCAACCUUUGAGCUGCUCAGCCCCACUGGAGUCUUGGAUCAGAAGCCAGGAUCCCCCAUCAUUCUGAAGGGCAAAAACCUCUGCCCUCCUGCCUCUGGAGGUGCCAAACUCAACUACACGGUGCUGAUUGGAGAGACGCCGUGUGCUGUCACUGUGUCUGAGACACAGCUCCUCUGCGAGCCUCCCAACCUCACGGGGCAGCACAAGGUCAUGGUUCACGUGGGCGGGAUGGUGUUCUCUCCCGGCUCGGUGAGUGUCGUGUCAGACAGCUUGCUGACCCUGCCAGCCAUCGUCAGCAUCGCGGCGGGCGGCAGCCUCCUCCUCAUCAUUGUCAUCAUCGUGCUCAUCGCCUACAAGCGCAAGUCCCGGGAAAACGACCUCACUCUGAAGAGGCUCCAGAUGCAGAUGGACAACCUGGAAUCCCGUGUGGCGCUCGAAUGUAAGGAAGCGUUUGCCGAGCUCCAGACAGACAUUAAUGAGCUGACCAGCGACCUGGACCGCUCAGGAAUCCCCUACCUGGACUAUCGCACCUAUGCCAUGCGAGUCCUGUUCCCCGGCAUCGAGGACCAUCCUGUUCUACGGGAGCUGGAGGUGCAGGGGAAUGGGCAGCAGCACGUGGAGAAGGCCCUGAAGCUCUUCGCCCAGCUCAUCAACAACAAGGUCUUCCUGCUGACCUUCAUCCGCACCCUGGAGCUGCAACGCAGCUUCUCCAUGCGCGACCGUGGCAAUGUGGCCUCACUCAUCAUGACUGGCCUGCAGGGCCGCCUGGAAUAUGCCACCGACGUCCUCAAGCAGUUGCUGUCCGACCUCAUCGAUAAGAACCUGGAGAACAAGAACCACCCCAAGCUGCUUCUCCGGAGGACAGAGUCUGUGGCUGAGAAGAUGCUGACCAAUUGGUUUGCCUUCCUGCUGCACAAGUUCCUGAAGGAGUGCGCGGGGGAGCCGCUCUUCAUGCUGUUCUGCGCCAUCAAGCAGCAGAUGGAGAAGGGUCCCAUUGACGCCAUCACGGGCGAGGCCCGCUACUCCCUGAGCGAGGACAAGCUCAUCCGGCAGCAGAUCGAGUACAAGACCCUGAUCCUGAACUGCGUCAACCCCGACAACGAGAAUAGUCCAGAGAUCCCAGUGAAGGUGUUAAACUGUGACACCAUCACACAGGUCAAGGAGAAGAUCCUCGACGCCAUCUACAAGAACGUGCCCUACUCCCAGCGGCCGAGAGCCGUUGACAUGGACUUGGAGUGGCGUCAAGGCCGGAUUGCCCGGGUUGUGCUGCAAGAUGAGGACAUCACCACCAAGAUCGAGGGUGACUGGAAGCGGCUCAACACACUGAUGCACUAUCAGGUGUCAGACAGAUCGGUGGUGGCUCUGGUCCCCAAACAGACCUCCUCCUACAACAUCCCUGCCUCUGCCAGCAUCUCCCGGACGUCCAUCAGCAGAUAUGACUCGUCCUUCAGGUACACGGGCAGUCCUGACAGCCUACGGUCCCGCGCCCCCAUGAUCACGCCAGAUCUGGAGAGCGGGGUCAAGGUGUGGCAUCUGGUGAAGAACCAUGACCACGGGGACCAGAAAGAGGGUGACCGGGGCAGCAAGAUGGUGUCCGAGAUCUACCUGACCCGGCUACUAGCCACCAAGGGCACCCUGCAGAAGUUCGUGGAUGACUUGUUUGAGACCUUGUUCAGCACUGUGCACCGGGGCAGCGCUCUUCCCCUGGCCAUCAAGUACAUGUUUGAUUUCCUGGAUGAGCAGGCAGACAGACAUAGCAUCCACGACACAGAUGUGCGGCACACCUGGAAAAGCAACUGCCUCCCUCUGCGCUUCUGGGUGAACGUGAUCAAGAACCCCCAGUUUGUAUUUGACAUUCACAAGGGCAGCAUCACAGAUGCCUGUCUCUCCGUGGUGGCCCAGACCUUCAUGGACUCUUGUUCAACAUCAGAGCACCGGCUGGGCAAGGACUCCCCCUCCAACAAGCUGCUCUAUGCUAAGGACAUCCCCAGCUACAAGAGCUGGGUGGAGAGAUACUACGCAGACAUCGCCAAGCUGCCUGCCAUCAGUGACCAGGACAUGAACGCCUACCUCGCUGAGCAGUCCCGCCUGCACGCUGUGGAGUUCAACAUGCUGAGCGCCCUCAAUGAGAUCUACUCCUACGUCAGCAAGUACAGCGAAGAGCUCAUUGGGGCACUAGAGCAGGACGAGCAGGCCCGGCGCCAGCGGCUGUCGUACAAGGUGGAACAGCUCAUAAAUGCCAUGUCCAUUGAGAGCUGAGAGAUGGAGCCUCCCGUUCCUGGGACGAGGGGGACCUGUGAAAGUUGUCACACUGGCAGUCUCAGAAGGAAGGACAAGUGAAGGGGAUCAGACUCCAGAAUUUGCUGUCCUCUGAGACCCCAUCCCGGGGCAAGGGGAUGGCCCCUCUCCCGACGCCAGCCAAGUCUCAUCACAGGCAGUUCCUGCAGGGAGGGACCAUGGGCGCCAUCCAUCGCCAGGGACAACCAGAGAGAAGCAGGGCCGUGAAAAAGGUGGCUCUUCAAGCUGAGAGGCAGGGCCUGGGCAUGGUGCUGCCUCUAUGACUGCUGCUUUGCAUGAAAACUCAUAUGAUGUAUAUUGGGGAAAUAAUGAGAACUUUAUUUAAUUUUUUUUAAGAAAAAGGAAAACCAGAAAUAAAACGAAACAAAAGCCUCCCUGUUAAUCCCGUCCAACUUUUGUUGAAUUCUGGUUUCUACCCCACUUCCUUCUUUUGCCCCCAUUCCUCCGUCCUUGCCUAACUCCUGUUUUCAAAAGCCAGAAAAAGAGAUGCUGAGAGAAAUCGGAAGGAAAAUGAUUGUUUCCUUUCCCUUGAAAUUAAAAAGUAAGAAGAAUGAGCACAAGUUUGCACCAAACACUUUGCAAAAAUAGAGGCCAGUAAAACCUGGAAUUAUCCUGGCAGCCAGAAGAGCAUGGGAACUGCAGAAAAUUGCAAAGCCACCGAGCAGCUCAGCCUGGCUGACUGGAAAUUGCGCUUUACCAACCUCACACCUGUAUAUUCUCAUCUCUGGAGAGGAGAUAUGUGUCUGUAGAGUACCAAUGCUUUUUGCUACUGUUCUUUUUGUUUUUGUUUUAUUUAAUCCUAAACCUCAACACACGAGGAGCUGAGCUGUGGUACUUUUCCUUUUGGCUUCCCUAGAGUCACUAUCAGAAGUUGGGGAGAGGUGGGCCUCUCCCACACCAGAUGCCUGGUCUCCCUGAGGACAUUGGGCAGCUCUGCCUUACAUCAGUCGCUGUCAUAAGCCAGGCACCCUGGGGAAAGGGCCUGGGGGCAUGUGGGCCAGGCCUCCAGGAGGUGCCGCGUGGGAGCUGAUGUGGGGACAUGGUGUUUGGCUUCGGAUUCCACUUCCAUCCCCUAGUGGUUUCUACAAUUAAAGAGAAAACAAAACUCAAACACUGUUUACACAAGCAAUACUUGAAGAGCAUAGUUUAAAGGAGCUGCAGUAUUUAUUGUUACGCUUUUUUCUUUCAUUCUCUCGUGCCUGGAGAGGGGAGACAACCCUUCGCUCAUAUGUAGAAGCUCCUGAUCCUGAUGGUCUGAGCACUGGCCUCAGGAGAAAUGCCUAGAAUCCCCACCUGACUGUCUUCUUCUGCUUCUCUUUCUGCCUCUCAUGUCCUUAUGAGUUUGAAGGACAAGUGGGUGGCUUCUUACUGGGUUCCUUUCCUUCUCUCUCCCGCUGACACCUAAAACCAUGAUGACCAACUCUCCCGAGUGUAGUUUCCAAACAAAGAGACCAAAGCUCUGUCCUGGUCCAGAGGACCCAUGGAUGCCAGUGGAAGUCAUUAAGAGGAACGUGGCUCUGUUGGCGGCAGGACCUUGUUGACCGGGACAGCCAUCAGAGUUUCCAGGCCUUCCACAUUGGCAUGGAUCCAAGCAGCCAGCUCUAACUUCUCUAUAAGCAGCAGUGGAGUGAGGGAGAAGGAGAACAACAGGAAGGCAAAGAGAUGGGGAGUGGGGAGGUAGAGGAGAACCACCCUCCCCUUUCUACCUUCUACUUUUCAAGGGGCUGCAAUGCUGGGAAACUGGACCAGCCACCUCCAGAGAGACCAGACCAGCGUCAUUUCCUCUGUAAUUAACUCUGGGCCCCAGCUCACUGUGCCCUGAUUUACCUCCGAACAAUUCCAGUUUCCAGAGGCUCUGCUGACCACAUUGGACUCCCAGGAAAGGGCUGGAGGAGGGGGAGCCCUGAGGGCUGGCUUCCAUCCCUGGCGUGUGGCUUUGGAUCACUGAGCUAACCACACAGCAGACAUCGCCUGGUUGCCUCAGCUCCAGUUUCUUGCCUGAAUGCAGCUGACAAAUGGGAAGAGAAAAGCAUUCAGCAAAAUACUCAGGAAACUCGCUUGUUUUCAUUAUAAUUCCCAACCAGCCAUGCCAAGGCCACUUUCUUCUGAUAAUCCACUUCUGUUAAAGUUUCUCUGGGCCCUAUUAACAGCCUGAAAGAAAUACUAAUGACUGGCCUGCACCGAGCCAAAGUGUUUACUCUUCACAGCACCCAAAGCUUAUCAGCUCAGAGCCCAUGAUGUAUGGAGAUGAAAAGAGAGGAGAUAUGGGCAAGAGGAAUGUGGGAGUGGGGGGCUUUGUGCUAUCCACAAAAAAAUCCAGUCCACCCUCAUUUUACUUCUGAGCUCUGAACGAAGGUUUUCUGAUCACACCACUGAUCAAACUGGCAUCUAAAGUGCUCCACCAAGAAGUAAAAGGAAGUUAGACAUCUCAAUUGUAUCUUAACCAGCCCUAAUAUCUACGCAUCCACCCAGGUAUCUCCCAGCAGCUACUUUGGUGACCAUUCUUCCUUGAAAGUUUUUGAGGGUGUAGAGAAUAAUAGAGGUAGAAGGCAGAUUCAGAGAGUAGAGAGGGGAGAAGCCAGAGCUGGCAAGAGUGGGUUGGCCCCAUGACAGGAUUCCAUGAGAAAGUUGGGGAAGUUGGGUUGGCAAAGGAAGUGGCACGGGGGCAUCCCUGAGGAAGGAACCAAGGAAGAGGAAAAGUCAUUUGGACUCAAGUCAGAUCAUGAGGGUAAAAGGUUGUAGAGCCGCCUGUCUAGAUUCCCACCUGUCCCUCCUCCACCAGCUCUUGCUUUGGGUCACCAAGUACCAGUGGAAUCCAUGCCCUGUGGAUAGAGAGGAGAGGCAGUUGGUUGGCCUCUUCCUCAAUAUUGUCCAAUUUGAAAAUAGUUUGACCUUGGGUGAGAAAUAAGUAUUAAAGUCACAGCAGCAACCCCGCGUGAAGCCAUCCGUUCUGGAGGGAGGCCGAGAGGGAAGCCUCUCUUGAAAGUCAGUCCAGUUUCAUUUUGUUUUAUUGAUCUGCGUAAGAGACAAUUCUCUGGAAAAGGAAAAGGACCCCAGAAAUGUGUUUGGCAAGACAGAGAGUACUAAUGUGUAAGAUGGAGAUGGACAAGAUGUCCAUCUUGGUGGAGCAAGUCCCUCCAGCUGGCCUGCUGCUGCUUCCUGCCCUUGGCAUGGCGUCAGGUGCUUCAGUGCCAGUCCCCAAACCUCUCGCUACAGUACGUCUCUCAGAACCAUUUCCAAUCCACCACUGGCAGAGAGCACCCUCUCCUCGUCGAGUUCAGUCAUUAAUGCAUGGAUUAGCUGUUAACCUCACUCAAGCAAGAGAACCGCUUCUUACACACAUUCACUCAUUCAUUCAGAGAAACUUCAUGAGCUGCAACUAUUUCCUAGGCCCUGCUAUACCUGCCGAAAAAUAGCAACAUAUAAGACCAAGAAGAGUCUUCUUCUAGUAAAUUUAUAUUCUUCAGGCUCCCGGUUCCUACCAACUUAGCAGGCACAGUUCUUCUCCACCUGAAGAGGGCAACAGUUUUGUAGAAACGGAGUCAGAAGACGGAAGAAAGCCGACCAACCCAGCUGCCUUACAUUAUUCUGGGGAUAUUACUCCCUCGUUGCCACUGCUGCUCUCUCUUCUGUUGGCGCUUCCCCUGCUGUUUGAGCUCCUGAUUUUCCUUCAUUUCCACCAAAUGAGGACAAGAGAUAGUACUUGAGGCCCCUGGCCCUGCUGCAUGUGAAGCAGAAGUAAUGGAUGGGUGUGCUAGACUGAAAAUGUCCUGGGCAGAACACAUAGAGAAUGCUGGAAAGCCUCUGGCUGAUAAAUCUCCAGGUGCAUCCCUAUUGCCACACCUGCCCCCAUUAACCUGCAGCAGGUAAAUACUGAGCCAGCAGCUGCUCUACAGGAGGCCAUCUUUUCUCAUCCACACCAAGACUGCCCUGCCUGAGGCCCCUGGGGCCUGGCCACAAGGA